AAAGGAAUUCCAGGGGGAGACUCAAUUGUACGCAGCAAAAACCAUCAUGACCAGAGAAUAAAACCACGGCCCAUUCUGAGAUUAUGGGUAUUACUUAGUGCUUUCUUCCUAAACUCUUUUUAAUACUAAAAAAAACUGUAGUUAGAUUUUUUUUGAUGCAUGGAAUUCGCUUUCAUUUAAUUACAAACUACACAUUUCAACACAAAUGGCGCAGCUCUUGUCACGGUCACGUGCUCUUUUACCAUACCGAACUUUAAUACCAAAUGCUCUCUUCCCUACACCUAGACUUUUACUGCCAUGGCAGCAGCAUUUAAAAACAUAUAAGCAAAAACGAUGGAGUUCCUAUUCGCCCCUAACCCCCACGUCCGAUCCUCCGAGGAAGAAGGUGACCCUCACAACUCUUCGAUCCAUGUAUAGAAAAGGGGAGCCCAUCGCCAUGAUGACUGCCCAUGAUUUCCCCAGCGCGCACGUUGCCGACACCGCCGGCAUGGAUAUCAUACUUGUUGGUGACAGUCUAGCUAUGGUCGCAAUGGGUAUGCAGGACACCAGUGAACUAACAGUAGAAGACAUGCUACUUCACUGUCGAUCGGUCGCACGUGCCACUAAGAGUGCCUUCACAGUAAGACCAUAUGCAAAGAGAUAAGGAUUGCUAGAGAGAAAAGAAACUGACGAACAGUAAGAUUGGAGACCUUCCUAUGGGAUCCUAUGAGAUUUCACCUGAGCAGGCAUUAGGAACGGCGAUCCAACUCAUCAAGUACGGGCGCAUACACGGCGUCAAGCUUGAAGGCGGGAAAGAGAUGGCCCCGACCAUCGCCAAGAUAAGCCAGGCUGGCAUACCUGUUCUGGCACACAUCGGGCUUACGCCUCAACGCCAAAAUGCCCUGGGCGGGUUUAGAGUUCAGGGCAAGACAUCGAAGGGCGCCAUGAAAAUUCUCGAAGAUGCGAUAGCAGUCCAGGAAGCCGGCUGUUUUGCCAUGGUGUUAGAAGCUGUCCCGCCCGAGGUCGCCAGCAUCAUCACAAAGAAGCUAAGCGUGCCCACCAUCGGGAUUGGUGCCGGGAACGGCUGCUCUGGCCAAGUUCUAGUCCAGGUCGACAUGUCUGGAAACUUCCAGCCGGGUCGCUUCGUGCCCAAAUUUGUAAAACAGUUUGGGAACGUGUGGGCGGAGAGUUUCCGGGCCAUCGAGUCUUAUCGGGAAGAGGUCAAGAGUCGGCAGUUCCCAGCACCAGAACAUACAUAUUCUAUCCCUAAGGAAGAGCUCGACGCGUUCGUGAAAGAUACUGAGGGGCUAUGACUCAGCCUUUUCUCGCUUGUGUUAAAUCCGCAUUAUACCAAUUCCCGUUGAAAAUAAGAUGGGUAUGCGUGCAUUGUAAUAGUUUAGAUGUAUCAAAAUUGAUAGGCGAAUGGGGAAAGCCAUAGGUGGGUGGGUGGUGUUGUUUCCAAGACCCAAGACAUUGCAUAAAUCAGCCAAAGGCAGGUGUGAUUGAAUAAAAUACAAUCAAAUGAUCGGAUGAAUCCUUGAAGCACUGUGGGCGGUUGUUUAGCGAUUCAUAAUUCAUAGACAGUUCGAGAAGGAAUAAUAAUACUAGACAUACCCUAUGCAAGUUGCCGACAAUCU